AUGACAUGAAUGAACAACACUGAGAGAGAGAGAGAGAGAGAGAGAGAGAGAGAGAUUCUAAAAGGAGCGGACGCGCUCGCAGUGAGUCAUUGGUGUUGACGAUCUCGCGCAGGUUCCUUUAUGACGUCCCAGGCGUGCGUUCAGCGUUCGGACUUCUGCGGAAUCCUCGUCCAGCCUCUGGGACACUCGAUAUGAGCCGGAUUACGGUGAGCACGAAGCGCGUGGCGUCCGGAGCCCCGAUGGAUCCGAGCGGACCGAGUCUCCGCUGAUCCGCACAGCAGCAGCAGCAGCAGCAGCAUCUCCUCCGCCGGACACGACAUGGAUGAUUCGGGAAUAAUCAGGCGCAGGCGGCUCCAGAAGGAUCUUCCUCUGCCCCGUAAGAACAGCAGUUGCCGCAGUAACCGGAAGAGUUUGAUUCUGACCUCCACCUCCCCGACUCUGCCCCGCCCACAUUCCCCGUUACCGGGGCACAUCGGAAGUAGUCCUCUGGGCAGCCCUCGAAACUUCUCGCCCAGCACUCCGGCACAUUUCUCCUUCGCUUCCUCAAGACGGGAUGGGCGUCGAUGGUCACUGGCGUCUCUUCCAUCUUCUGGUUAUGGAACAAACACUCCCAGCUCAACGUCCUCCAGCUCGUCUCAGGAGCGUCUGCACCAGCUGCCGUCUCAACCCACCAUGGACGAGCUGCACUUCCUGUCCAAACACUUCGGCAGCACAGAGAGCAUCACUGAUGAUGACGGGGGACGCUGUUCACCCCACAUAAGACCCCGCUCACACAGCCUGAGGUGUAUCUUCAUAAGUAGUCUCUGUAUUUGUUCCUGUCAGGCCACGGCGCAGAUGGAGGGCAGGUUGUGUGAUUUCAUCCACUCGUAUUGUCCCGAGAGCGUUCUGCCGCUGGCUGACGGAGUCCUGAGCUUCAUUCACCACCAGAUCAUCGAGCUGUCCAGAGACUGCCUGACCAAAUCUAAGGAGGGUCUCAUCACGUCCGUCUACUUCUUUGAGCUGCAGGAGAACCUGGAGAAACUUCUGGACGAUGCUUAUAAGCGGUCAGAGAGUUCAGAGUUGACCUUUGUCACUGAGUUGGUGAAGAAACUCCUCUUCAUCAUCUCUCGACCUGCUCGACUUUUGGAGUGUUUGGAGUUUAACCCUGAGGAGUUCUACCAUCUGCUGGAGGCGGCUGAAGAUCACGCUAAAGAAGGACACCUGAUGAAGACCGACAUCCCGCGAUACAUCAUCAGUCAGCUGGGACUGACCAGAGACCCUCUGGAGGAGAUGGUCAGUCGAGAGCAUUACGACAGUGAGGGGCCGGUCACACCAGAGACAGACGACUCUGCAGAGGGAAAAAUGAAACCCAUGAAGCCACCUGGAGAGGAAGAUUUCCAGACCAUCAAACUGAUCAGCAAUGGAGCCUAUGGCGCGGUGUAUCUGGUCCGCCAUCUGGAGACGCGGCAGCGCUUCGCUAUGAAGAAAAUCAACAAACAGAACCUGAUUCUGAGGAACCAGAUCCAGCAGGCAUUUGUGGAGCGAGACAUCCUGACCUUCGCCGAGAACCCCUUCGUGGUCAGCAUGUUCUGCUCCUUUGAGACUAGACGACACCUGUGUAUGGUCAUGGAGUACGUGGAGGGAGGCGACUGCGCGACACUGCUGAAGAAUAUUGGAGCGUUGCCUGUGGAAAUGGCGCGCAUGUAUUUUGCUGAAACCGUGCUGGCACUCGAAUACAUCCACAACUAUGGAAUCGUGCACCGAGAUCUCAAACCGGACAAUCUGCUGAUCACGUCAAUGGGUCACAUUAAACUCACUGAUUUCGGUUUGUCUAAAAUGGGUCUCAUGAGUCUCACCACAAACCUGUACGAGGGACACAUCGAGAAGGACACCAGGGAGUUCCUGGAUAAACAGGUUUGCGGCACCCCAGAGUACAUCGCCCCGGAGGUGAUCCUGCGGCAGGGUUACGGCAAGCCAGUGGACUGGUGGGCCAUGGGCAUCAUCCUCUACGAGUUUCUGGUGGGCUGCGUGCCGUUCUUCGGCGACACACCGGAGGAGUUGUUUGGUCAGGUGAUCACAGAUGACAUCGUGUGGCCCGAUGAUGACGACGGCCUCCCCGCUGAUGCGCAGCACCUGAUCGCAUCUCUCCUGCAGACAAACCCGCUGCUCAGACUGGGCACAGGUGGAGCGUUCGAGGUGAAGCAACAUCCGUUCUUCUGUGAUCUGGACUGGAGCAGUUUGCUCCGACAGAAAGCUGAGUUCAUCCCUCAUCUGGAGUCGGAGGAGGACACCAGCUACUUCGACACGCGAUCAGAGCGGUAUCAUCACGUUCACUCGUACGAUGAGGACGAUACCAAUGACGAUGAGCCAGUGGAGAUUCACCGCUUCUCCUCUUGCUCGCCACGCUUCAGCAAGGUGUACAGCAGCAUGGAGCAUCUGUCCCAGCUGGAGCACAAGCCUGUGGUGACCCGCCGAGAGCCCAAAGCUCACAGAGAAGAUCGCAGUAAGAGAGAAAGUCUAGGCAGCCUGACCCUCCGAGACAAGACCUGGAGAACCGGAUCCCCUGAGAUGAAGCGUUUGUCGUGUUCAGAAUUGUCCUUUAUUGAAUCAGAGUCCAGUCCUCCCGGCGCGCGCCGGCGUUUCUCAGCGCUGAUGGAAACGCACCGCUUCGCUUUUCCACUAGAGGGAGACGGUGAUGUGCACACGCGCCAAACACCCAUCAAAACCAGGGGUUCAUCACUAGAGGGCGCCAGCAUACCCGUCGGCUCGGGACUGGUGGAGUCCAGCUCUACGGCGUCAGUGGGACAUCCUGGAGAUAAACUCCUGCGGCCUGCCGAUGCCUCCGCUGCCGCGGCUCCUCUACACAUACCAGACUCGUUUGGGCCUCGCGUAGGAAGUGACCUCGUCUUACGAAGAGCUCGACAUCAUCAGAUUCCGACUGACAGUGAGAAACAUAACGCAACUCGCUCAGGAACCAAAGUCAUAAAGUCGGCCUCCGCCACGGCCCUGUCUGUCAUCAUACCUGCAAUUGAGCAGCAUGGUAUGUCACCUCUAGCCAGUCCCAUGUCUCCUCGCUCCAUCUCCUCCAAUCCCUCGUCUCGUGACUCGUCUCCGAGUCGUGACUACUCACCUACAGUCAAUGUCCUGCGCUCACCAAUCACUAUCCAUCGCUCUGGAAAGAAGUACGGCUUCACCUUGCGUGCCAUCAGAGUCUACAUGGGCGACAGUAACGUCUACAGCGUGCAUCACAUGGUCUGGCAUGUAGAGUCUGGUGGGCCGGCCCAAGAGGCGGGGGUUUGUGCUGGUGACCUCAUCACCCAUGUGAACGGGGAGUCUGUGCACGGAUUGGUGCACACAGAGGUGGUGGAGCUCAUUUUGAAGAGUGAAAGCAAAGUGACAGUCACAACCACUCCAUUCGAAAACACGUCCAUAAAGAUCGGACCGGCCAGGAAGCUGAGCUACAAAGCCAAGAUGGCCAGACGCAACAAGAAGUCAGUCGCAAAAGAUGGACAAGAGAGUAAGAAGCGCAGCUCUCUCUUUCGUAAGAUCACAAAACAGUCCAACCUGCUUCACACCAGUCGUAGUCUGUCCUCUCUGAAUCGCUCGCUGUCGUCUGGAGACAGUCUACCUGGAUCGCCGACACACAACCUGUCACCUCGCUCGCCCACGCAGACGUACCGCUCUCCUCCAGACUCCGCCUUCCUCGGCACGUCGUCUCAGAGCAGUUCUCCAGCACCCAGCACGCCAAACUCGCCUGCAACAUCUCAGCACAUGCGGCCAAGCUCUCUUUAUGGUCUCUCGCCCAAACUCCACCGGCAGUACCGUUCUGCUCGCUGCAAAUCCGCUGGGAACAUUCCUCUGUCUCCGCUGGCUCACACGCCGUCCCCUACUUCGUCUUCCCCGCCACCCAUCGCUGGACACACCGUCGGCAGCUCCAACACCACACAGGCCUUCCCCGCCAAGCUCCACGCCUCUCCUCCAAUCACACGCCCCCGGCCCAAGAGCGCAGAACCACCCCGUUCGCCUCUUCUUCAACGGGUGCAGUCAGCAGAGAAGCUCGGCCCACCCCCUCCGCCUUCAUUUCCGUCCUCCUCGUCUUCCGUGGGCUCGGACAGAAAAGGAGGGCUUUGCGUGUCCAUGAGGAAGCAUGGUUUGGAAGUUGUGCAUGCCGAAUACCGCAGGGAGUCGUUCCACUGUGAACAUGCCCUCCAGAGCCUGAUGGAGAUUGAGGGCGAGAACACGCCUGGGGCUCCGCCCUCUCCACCCGACCAGACACCAACACACACGCCCACCCAGCUCACGAUGAGUCCGGUGAGGCAGCUCGGGAGGCAGGACUCAUUGGCGGGACAAGAGUCCGAGGAGAAAGCCAGGCAGCCCAACUCAAGUGAAGUCGUUUUAAGGACUGCAUCGAAAACCCAACCAGUAGCACCCACCUUGGAUCCUAAAUCAACCCAGUCUGGCGAGCCACCUCAGAAGGAGAAAGUGGCCUCCAAGUCUGAGUCUUCUCACGUAUCAGUUGUCUUGACAGGGAAGGAAGCAGUUGUAUCUGGCCCCAAGAUCCCAGAGCAGACGCCAGUUGUCCAGGGCUCUGGAGCACAGGAACUCAAACCCCAUAGCCUUCAAACUGAUGGUCCUAAAGGGCUGGAAAAUGGAAAAGACAUGGGAAAGAUCCCAGUGAAGGAGAUAACUGCGCAGGCAAUGGCUCCAGAAGCAAACAAGUCAGGUAAAGGACCGCUAAACAUUGAGGGGAUUGCACCUAGUCCUGUUACUGCACCGAAAGUCUCAGAAGCAGUUCCUGCCCAGUCCAAAACCAUUGAAGAACGGGUUCAAGCCCCAUCGGGGUCAACCAGAGGCCCUCAAGAGGAAAGAUGUCGCCUGGAAGCAGCCGAAGAGUCCCCAGCCUCUCCGUCUCCAACCGCCCGAUCACCUUGCGCAAGCAAAUCACGUGCUAUAUCUCCUGGCGACAGGUCCAGCUUCGUGACGCAGCUCACCAGUGUGGCUAAAACUGUGCUCGGGCCGAUGAAGUUGGGCUCUCAGGAUGGUGGCAAGGCCAAAGACAGUGCCAAAGCCAACGCGGACAAACGAGCCACCAUGUUGGGAAAGUCUGAGGCCUUGUCUGGGAGUCGCCGUGGCUUGACGGGAACGUGGCCCGGUCCUGGAUCGUCAAAGCCUGAAAAGGCAUCAAAGAGCUCUUCCAAGCAUUCGUAAUAUUCUUAAUGGGAACUUUCAGUUCGGAACUUUAAAUAGGAUGUGUUCCCAGUAUUUGUCCAAAUGCAGACUGUUCAAAAGACUCUAUAGCCAUCAAACCAAGAUAUUACACAUAAAAAAUCAAGUAAAGGUGCUUCAAAAUGACCGUUGUCAAAUAUGUUUGUUUGUGCAUAUGCUGUAAGAAUAUAUGCACCAUUGUAUGUGGCUGUAGAACAAACCAGUAUGUCUCUCUAGAUGCAUGUUACAUGUAUAUUGUGAAUCAAUGAGUCAAAAAAAUUAGAUAUGAAAAAUGAAACAAAGACCUAAUGCUAGUGAACACUGCACAUCCAAUCAUUCCUGCCCGGUCUGUAGAGGGCAUGACCUGUCAUUCACCACCAUAUCAACCAAUCAGUUUGGCAGAUUUAGAAACGCGAGGUUGUUAAAGUGUU